CAGCACAGGAAGUCGGACUCACUCCUCACACAGCUGCCCCGGCAGCAACAGCCCCUGCCCCUGACAGCAUGUUCGGGGGGCCCCGUGGAGCAGGAAAGGGCCCCCGGCACCCCCUGGCACCCCCUAAAGCAUGAAUGACCGCGCAGGGAUGGAGGCUGCAGCCCGGGAGCCAAGUCCUCCUGCGGAUGCCGCCGACGUGGAGAAGCGACCGCCGGCUGCUGCUGGUCGGAGGAUUUGCCCGGCGCUCUCCAGCAUCGGCCUCUUAGACAGGCUCAUAAAAACCUGCCCCGUCUGGAUGCAGCUGUGUAUGAGUCAGGAGCAGGCGGCCGACAUACUGAAGGGAGAAGCCGACGGGGUAUUCAUGGUGACGCGAGACGUGGCCCAGAAGUGCAUGGUUCUUCUCGCGCGUUUCGCGGUUCAUGAGAAGCCCGCUGUUCUGCGUUUUAACAUCAAGGAGGAGAAAUCAAUGAUGUGUCUGCAGGGCUCUGCGCUGGUUUUUGAGGAAAUCUUCAAACUAAUCGGGUUUUACUGCAUCAGCAGAGAUAUUCUACCCGCCCCCUUAAAGCUGCCGCACCUGAUUGGCCGAGCUCGGGGCAUGAGGGACCUCGAAGAAAUCUCCAACCUCGGGACAGGUUUUUGGGCUGCGUCCCUCAAGGAGAAACGGAACGCGAAUGUUUCUCGCUCUGGGAAAUUUGCUUUGCAUGGAAACGCUUGCGGGGCAAACCCUGACCGGCCAACUGCCCCGGACCCGGGCAAAUAUACGUGCGAGAUCGAGGUCUCCGCGGAAAGCGACGAGCGGCUGUGGUUUGUGAACCCGAUAUUCAUAGAAGAAUUUGGCAACUCAGGAAACCCUGAGAAACUUCCUCCUGAAAACUGCCUCGCAAACACUGUGGUUAAAACUCCAAAAAUUGUCUACAGAAGACCUCCACCGCCUCCUCCUCCUGGUGCGCAGAGCCCUCCUCUCCCUCCUCCUGGUUCGCAGAGCCCUCCUCUCCCUCCUCCUGGUGCGCAGAGCCCUCCUCUCCCUCCUCCUGGUGCGCAGAGCCCUCCUCUCCCUCCUCCUGGUGCGCAGAGCCCUCCUCUCCCUCCUCCUGGUGUGCAGAGCCCUCCUCUCCCUCCUCCUGGUGCGCAGAGCCCUCCUCUCCCUCCUCCUGGUGUGCAGAGCCCUCCUCUCCCCUCCAUCCCUCCCUCUUCUCCACCAGCUAAUUAUAAAACUCCUAACCCUCUUUUAAUAUCGGUUUCGACAACUUCUGAUCCUCUUUUAACGUCAUGCCCUCCUACCGACGAUCUCCGAGGUUCCUCUUCUGAAGCGACUCCCACUCCGCAUAACCCACCUCCCUCGGAGGACGUUUGUGUCCCGUCGAGUCCUUCUUCUGCUUCACAAACGUCCGGUCCGCAGGUCAUAAGGCCCCGGAGUCAGCAUAAGGACUUAUUAAGGACGGCUGAGGUGAACGGUGUUCCUCCUCUUCAUGAGAAGAUGAAAAUCAACAGCUCAGAGGAUAAAAAAGAUGGUGGAGCAAAUGAGGUUGAGACGCCUGACGCUCGCGCCAAAAGCUCAUUCCCACCGGUUGUUCCCAGGAGAAGACAAUCGGGAAAAGUCUCCGAUGGAAACGCAGGUGACCCAGUAGAGCGAAAGGAGAUCCAGAGUUCACCCAACGUACAAGGUGCGGAACCCAACAUGAAAGAAGAAUCCAAAAGUUCACAAGAGCCUCAUGAAGAGGAGACUUCAGAGAAGUUGGAUGCUUCACCAAGUCAACUGUCGUCCAAGUCCAAGAAGGUUCCUCCCGUUCCACCACCAAGGAUAAAGAAAUUUUCUUGCAGGUCAUCUGCCGUAACUUCUGUCGAUGGAAAUCCGGUGGCGGAAGGCGGCCGGCCGUCUCCAGAACAUCCGCCGGUAACCAACGCUACGGAGGACGGUGGUGCCACCAAGGAAGUGGGAAAGAAACUCGACCGCAAUCCAGUUGGAUCCUCUCAGGAAUUAAAGGGCUCUGAUACAUCUCUGCAUUCCCCGGUGAGCGUGUCCGUUUCUCCGGGGCCGAACGCGGACCAGGACUCUUACUCCACCAGCAGCAUGGAGGAUGAGGCGGAGAGGCUCAGCAGGCCCUCCAUCAAGAAGAGCCAUUCUUUUAUGUUGGACAAGGCAAAAAACAGGCUGUCCAUCGUGGCCAUCACCAACGUUCUCACGGCCUUCAUGUCCGCCGACAGGAAGCUGCAGAAGAGGAUCACGGAGCUGGCCCAGGACGAGGGCUCCUACUUCGGGGAUCUGGUCCAGAAUUAUAAGAGCUACACCUUGGAGAUGAUGGCGAAGCAGAGCUCCAGCACCGAGAUGUUACAGGAGAUCCGGCUGAUGAUGACCCAGCUCAAGAGUUACCUGGUGCAGAGCGCGGAGCUGACGGCCAUGGUGGACUGCAGUCUCUACACCGACGAAAAAAUAGAUGCCAUUGUUGAAGCUGCUCUCUGUAAAUGUGUCUUGAAGCCUCUGAAGUCCCCGAUUGAGUCGUACCUCCGUGAGAUCCACUCCAAAGACGGCUCGUUGAGGCUACUCAAGGAAAACCAGCUGGUUAUCCAGGACACGACCUCCACGGACCUGGGGGUCACCACCAGCGUCCCGGAGAGCAGCGUGAUGGAGAAAAUCAUUCAGAGAUUUGAGACGAUGCACAAGACUUACUCCCCGGAGAAAAAAAUUACCUACCUGCUGAAGGCUUGUAAACUGAUCUACGAUUCCAUGUCCAGCGGGGGUCCAGGCCGGCCCCACGGGGCCGAUGACUUCCUCCCGGUCCUGAUGUACGUCCUCGCUCGCUGUGAGUUGGAGUUCCUGCUGCUCGAUGUCGAGUACAUGAUGGAGCUGAUGGACCCGUCCCUGCAGCUCGGAGAAGGCUCCUAUUACUUGACCACGACGUACGGCGCUCUGGAGCACAUAAAGAAUUACGAUAAGAUCACGGUGACGCGGCAGCUGAGCGUGGAGGUUCAGGACUCGAUCCACCGCUGGGAGAGACGGCGGACUCUGAAUAAAGCGCGCGUCUCCCGCUCCUCCAUACAGGACUUCAUCUCGGUCUCGUACGAGCGGCUGGACUCCAGAAGCGCCACGCUGAGCAUCAGGUCGGACACGAGCGUCGCCGCCGUUCUGCAGCAGUGCGCCGAAAAGUUCGAGGUGUCGGAGCCGCGGGGUUACGGACUCUUCGUCAUGGUGAACGAUCGCUGCCCGCGGCUCGCCGACAGCGCCUUCCCGCACCGCGUCAAAUCCCACCUGCUGAAACACGAACAGAAACUGGACUUUCACUUCAUUUACAAAGAGACCGGCGCCGGCGACCACGUGGUCAGCGACCUGGAACUGCUUUAA